AGCCACCGCCUCUGCGCGUCGUGUUCCACGGUUACCCCGGCUCUCCGCCCCUCCUUCUCGCGGCGCUCGAGGGACCAUGGCCGAUCCUCGCGUGAGACAGAUCAAGAUCAAGACCGGCGUGGUGAAGCGGAUUUCCUCAUGAUCCCAAGGUGUCUGACACAAGUGGCACGUGUCACACACAGGUGACAAUGUCCAGGUUGGUCAAAGAAAAAGUGAUGUAUGAAAAAGAGGCAAAACAACAAGAAGAAAAGAUUGAAAAAAUGAGAGCUGAAGAUGGUGAAAAUUAUGACAUUAAAAAGCAGGCAGAGAUCCUACAAGAAUCCCGGAUGAUGAUCCCAGAUUGCCAGCGCAGGUUGGAAGCCGCAUAUUUGGAUCUUCAACAGAUAUUAGAAAGUGAAAAAGACUUGGAAGAAGCUGAGGAAUAUAAAGAAGCACGUUUAGUACUGGAUUCAGUGAAGUUAGAAGCCUGAAACUUUUCUCGUAUGGGGUGGUUUUUGCAUUAAAUCCUGGGGUCCAUUUUACAAUCCAUUAUUUUUGACCACUGCUGUGUGUUCAAGUAGUAUGAGAAUGUGAUUGUUUUUAUCUGGUUACAUAUAUAUUUCUUUGUCUAAUUUAAUAUGUCAAAUAAAUGAGUUCAUCUAAUAAAA